GCGCGACUAGCAUCGGCUCCGGAAAACUGUCAACGAUUUUUUUGUUUUCAAAACAUUCGAGUGGAGGAACGGAUAAAUUAAUUGUGUAUUCUCAACAAUAACAUGUGGGGAAUGAUUUUGUAGACUAAUUAGGAUCUACAAUUGAGGUCUAAUAUGUCACAACACGGAGCAGCUCUACAAACAUAUAAUCAAGAGCUUGUUAAAUGUUUGGAGAACAUGAAAUUACGACGUGCUGAAUUACAAACAGAAAUAGACACACAAGAAGAGGAGAAGAACAAUCUACAGAGAGAAAUUGAAAAGAUGUCAUACAAACUGACACGUAUCAACGACAGUCUGGGGAAGAGGAUCGCUGUAAGAAAUGAGUAUGAUCGAACAAUAGCAGAUACAGAAUCAGCCUACAUGAAGAUCCUUGAGAGUUCUCAACUCCUCCUAAACAUGAUAAAACGUGAAGCAACAACGUUGGAUCAAACAUUAAUUAAAACCAGUGGAGAAAAGCAGCAGUAUAGACAACAAUAACAAACAACUCAAAUUUUAGAAAAUUAUUUAUUAAAAUAUUGAUCACCGCAGUGGGGGCUGUCUCGACUGACUGGGGAUUCAAUCCAGUACAAACUUGUAAAUAUCACUAGACAUAUUUUUAUAAAUCACUCUUUCUACCUGCUUAAUGAUUAUUGGUUCUAUGAAUACGUCAAUAAUCGAAGAAUAAAAUAUGUAUAACAACGCCUUUCAGAUGAAUUAAUUAUUACGAAGUCUGGUAUCAGAUGGAUUGUAGCACUGCAAUAAUAGUAGAAUAAUGAACAGUUCAAUAAAUCUUAUUAAAAUAAUGAGAUUAGAGAUUUUUAAAUUGUUCUGAACUUGUUUGUUAAUCCUCAAAACUAUUUUAUAAUAAUAUAGGAAUAACAUGAAUAUAAAAUCUAUUUUUUGUAUGACAAUGAUUCCAUAAAUUAGGUGAUUAACUGCAUUUGUAAUAAAUAUCGUAAAAAUUUCGUGAAUUAUAUUAAGAAUAAGAGCCUAAACAUUCCACUCUCUUUAUCAUUGCAAUCCUCUAAAACAUCUAAAAUAACUCCAAUCAAAGUAAAAUUAAAACCAACACAUUUGUAUUUUUUAAUUCUAUGGAAGAAAGUUUGCACAACCAUCACCU